UGAUGUUAAGCUUUUAGGUUCUUGUGGUUCAUUUUAUGCUAGAUAUAUUUAUAUUUUAGCUGAUCUUAAACCUUUUAUAUGCUUUUGUAUACACUGUUGGAAAAACUUUAGAAAUAAAUAAAUGUUGAUUUUAAAAUGAUAAAUUGUUUUAAAUUUCUCUUGUUUUUCUUUGUUUUUAUCGAGGUAAGUAGCACAAACUUUCCUUAAAGGGGACAUAUGCAAAAAUUGAUUGUACAAGCCAAAAAAUAAGAAGACUGUUAAAAUCUGUACUGUGUUUAUGCUCUUUCUUAACAGUGGCUUCAGUUGUGAUGAAUGAAUGUAGGAGAAACCUGCCUGGACACAUGAUUGGAUAAAGAGCUGGUGUGGCAUGAGUCCUUGUUCUGAUUGGCUAAUUCAGUAGUAGUGGCCAAGUAGAGCAUCAAAAGGCCAGGUGCCUGCAGGGAUGGUAUAGGUUUAACACUAAUCAGGCAGUUCGAGAUUAAACUGAUUUGCAGACCACCCAUCUUCUUGCUGUAAUCCCAGCAUUCCAGUGUGUGUACGAUGAUGGUCUCUGUUUGCUUAUUUAAUCUAGUAAAUACUAGCUGGUAAACUGUGUUUACUAAUCUUAAAGUGUGUAGCAAAGUAGUUUGUAAAACCUGGUGGAAGCAAUAUGGUAGCAUGUCCUGCCUAUUUUUUUGCAACAGCAUCCUUUCAUAUAAGCAUAUUUCAAUUUAUGCUAUAUCUGUCAUAUGCACCUUUCAUUUCCAGUGUGGUAAAUGAUUUGGAAAUAUCAAAUAUUGAACAGUUUGAGCAGGCUAACAAAGGUAAGUGUAUGUUUUGCACAAAGUGGAAAGUACAAAGUAUACACACUACAGAAACAGUUGCAGUAAUACAAUAAAAAAGUCUUAGUAUGAAAGUCUGGUACUUUGUAAUGUUUUGGUAAUUAAAAAAUAAUCUGCUUAAAAACAUGGAUAAAGUCCUGGCAGAAAAUUGCAAGUCUGUUUUCUUAACAUUUAUGAGCAUUCCCUCCAAUCUUCAAAUACAACACAAUUCAAUGCAAUUCCACAAAACAAUUAAAACACCUCCAGAGCAAAUUCCACAUUGUAUUUUGUAUUUUUACAAACUUUCUUUACUGUGUAUGUGGUGGUUAAUUUCUAAGGACACAGACACUAAGCCACCUGUAGGGUAAUUGUAUUGUGCUAGUUAAAUCAGUGUGUGAGCGCAGGGGGUACAAAAUCCUGUCUUAGCCUUCAAGUCACGCACAUAGCCACAUCUAAAAUAAAAUCUUAUUUAGAAUGAAUUGUUUCCUAAAAUGACCUUGAUUCUGAAAAAUCACACCGGUCUCUGUGAUAUCCUUAUCAGUCAAGGUUUUAGAGGGCAAAAAAGGUGCUUGCAGGUCUGGUGUUAAUCUGGUGUUAGCUAUUUUCCCCAGAUGUGAAUACAGCAAAUUCUGGCAAUAGCAAGGGCUUUGAUUUGAUGAACAUUGAGACAUGCUUUCGAGAUGGCAGAUAAUUCUAGUUAACAUUGUUACCAGUAAUGUUCCAUUUAUAUGCUUACGGUAAAAAUUGUUAGCUGUGAUGAUUAGUGUUGAUGACAAGAGGACAACUAUGAAAAUGGCUGAUCACCCAUUAAGUGUUCUUAAUUAUACAAUGGCUUUACAGUCUUAUCAAAAUAGCUGAUAUGACUAUAACACUUUUAAUGUUUGCAUAGAAAAUUGUGAGUGAUUCAUCCACGGAAAUACUCGCUCUAUACUUUUUCGGAUCUUCUGGUAAAAAACACAGGCUUCUCUCUGGUGAUGUAUGUCAGGCUUUUUCAAACAUUUAGUCCACUGAAACCCUGCCUCUUUUUCACAUUCAAUUGAAAGUACACAUUCAGAUCUGCCUCCACUGGAUCAACAAUAGAUGGAUUGUACAAGUCCCCGUCCUAUUGCUUUAUUCUAUUUUGAUAACCCAUUUCAUUUGGGUGCAUAUCACAAUAUGGAAGAAAAUAUCUUGUCAAAACUUCCAUUUCAUUGCAACUAAGUAGUUGGCCAUGUAAUUUAUUUGUACCCUGCUAUAUUGCAUUUGUUCUUUUGACUUGAUUGUUUCAGCCCAUAGUAGUAGUGCUACUUGUUCUCGGUCUUAAUAAAGCAUUGUAAUUCCAGUUCUGUUACAGUUGUUGCAGACUUUUAACAGUCAAAUCAUUAAUACCUGUCCUUAACCUUACAGGUGGUCAAGUGCUCAGCUGAGCAGUGAUUACGUAAGCGUCACGUUAGUAUGCCUCCACUGAGAACUGUAUACUGGGCUCAGAUUAUUUUGGUUUAUGGAAAUCUGGCAAAUCACCUUUUCUUGUUUUCUCCUCAACUCCUCAUUUCCAGCACAUGUAUAUUUGGUUUGCGCUCUUGUUUAACUCCAGCUCUUCCAGUUACUUCUUGAUUAGCUGCUCUACAGGAUUACUAAACAAGAUUAGAAGAAAAAAAAAGGAAAAUCCCUUCCAUCUGCCUACCUGCCAGAAGAUCGUCACAGUUAUACACCUGCGCUUAUCUUUGACAAUCUGGAUAGCACUUUUUAACAAUAUACUAUCGUAAGUAUCAGCGGAUACUGUGUAACAGGUAUGCACAGGUAUAGGAAGGCUUGGUCGCAUCGUCCGAAGUGAAGCGAAGAUUAUCGCACAACAGCUUAAUUUUCAAGCUACAGGAAGUCACUAUGUGGGCGCUCAUAUGGACAUGUAUCUUGUGCUGGUUAGGCUGUAUUUUUGCAAUAGGCCAGCUGGAUAUAUCUGCAGGGGAGUUUGACCAUAUUCCAGUGUUUGGACAUCCAGAUAAGCUCUCACAAAGAUUGUUUCAAAGGUUUGUGGAAAAUCCUGGAGACCAGGGACUCUUGCCAAGACAUAAGCGUAAUGUUUUUCUGUCCAGUGGAGUACGCCUCUGCAGUCAAGAAACAGUGCAGCAAGCCAUCAGUAACCACCUCAAAUACUACCAGCUCAGAGCAUGUCAGGAAAUCGUAUGGGAGGCUUUCAAAAUCUUCUUGGAUCGCCUCCCAAAUCAGGAAGAAUACAAGAGCUGGAUGAGCCAGUGCCAGACAGAAAAACUCUCUAUACUAGAGAUGGGCUCUGUCUUCAGUCAGUCAGAAGAACACUUAGCACUUAUCCACAGAAGACUUGUACAGAGUGGCUUGAAAAGAUCUGAGGAGUCCUCCCAAGAGCAAGACCAUGUGUCACCAGGUGAUGAGCUUCCAGCAGUGACCACGGUAGUUUCAGAUGAGGUUGUCGCAGAGAGCGUGAAGGAAGUAACUGCAGAAACACCGUUUGCUGGUAUGACAGUGGAAGUGGAUCCUGAGAUCACUAAUGAGAUUGAGCAGGAAGCAGCUGCUUUUCCUUCACGUCCUUUGGUUGAGCAGAGGGUGGAGCUGGCUAUGUUACUGACUGGAGAACCGUGGAGUGAAGAACUGCUCAACUCCACCAGCAGUGAGCAUGGCAAACUCACUCAAAAGAUCACAGAGAAGAUUUCAGCUGCUUUGAAGAAACUAACAGAAUUUAAGAGUGUUUCAGUAUUGAACAUCAGGCCACAAAUGGAUCCCUCAAGUGGUGAUGAGGCAGUAUUGGUGGAAUAUGUUGUGUCCCUCCAGACCAGCAGUGAAGAGAUCAGCAGUGAGACACUAGACUUCAUUAAUCUUCAGUCCAACAUGGUAGAAGGCACCUUCAGUUACUCAGAAGGACCCACUGUUCAGUACACCAUUAUUGACAUCCACCCUGACAUCACUGAGGCUCUGCAUGUGGAAAUCUCUCCAGAGGAAAUCCAUCCUGCAGAAGAAUCUCUAGACGUGGAUCAGAAGGAUGAUAUUUUACCAGUGGAAAAGCCAUCUGAGCUGCCUGGAGAGGUGAUGAAGGAGGUCUUUACUGUUGAUGACCUUUUGGAUUCUACAAUGUCAGUACAAGACCUUCAAGACAAGGAUUUGGUGACUCAGUUUCUUCCCAACCCAACUCUCGUUGUGGACAGUGAAGCUGUAGGUUCCAUUAUUGAUGCCAAGCAAGACAGUGGCUCGACAAUUGAUGAUUUUAAUCCCGCCUCCGGAUCUGGUGCAGAAGACGAUUGGGUAACUGUAUUUACUAGCGCUCAAAAGCCAGUUGGAGAGACAGAAAGUGAGGAAGAGGUUUUGAUUGAUGGAGACACAUUACAGAUUGAAGAUUAUGAAUUCUCCACAAUUACAACAGUGGUUGAGGAGGACCAGAUCUUGACUGAGGAAACCCCUGAACUGAUUACUGUUAAGGCUGGAGAAGAUGGAAAUCUACAGGUUAGUAGCGAAGUGCCCAAAGUGGCUGAGGCAGAAUCUACCCUAAAACCAGAGGAAGACAUUAUAUUACCUGCAGAAGAAGAGUGGAUGGAGGAAGACCACGAAGAAGAAACUGUUUUAACAGAAACGCGAAUAGAAACUGAAGUUGCUGUGAUCAUAAAGGAAAAACCAGAGGAGGUUGAAGAAAAGGAACAGGAAGAAUCUGUUGACAGUACCACAGUGGUACAGGAGGAUGAUUUUGUACUAACAGAUGUUUCAACAAUACAGUUUUCAGAGGAAGUUCUAACAGAGGACGAGAUCCUUCUGGUCAGCAUUGAACCAGCAAGCCCAGUCUACCCAACACCUCUUUCACCUGAGAAAGAACCACCCUUCUCCCUAAUCACCACUCUUACCCCAGCCGAGGUGGAGUUGGUGCAUACCUUGAAUUCAGACAUCAUGACUACAUCUCUAGAUGUCACUCAUUACAAAGAGGAAGAGGGUAGUGGCAUCUCUGGUGUCAUCCAGGGUGAUGACAUUUCCAGAAUAGCCUUGCCAACUAACCCUGGGCGGUCUUUGAUAGUGUUUUUCAGUCUUCGUGUAACCAACAUGAUAUUCUCAGAGGAUUUGUUCAAUAAGAGCUCUGCAGAGUACAAAGCCUUGGAACAACAGUUCCUUGAACUGCUGGUGCCAUAUCUGCAGUCAAACCUCAGUCACUUUGAGAACCUGGAGAUCUUGAACUUCAGGAAUGGAAGUAUUGUGGUGAACAGUCGAAUGAAGUUUGGGAAGCCUGUUCCUCGUGGUGUCAAUACUGUUGUUUACCUCAUUCUAGAGGAUUUCUGCAACACUGCUUACCAGACCAUGAACCUUGCAAUUGACAAAUAUUCAUUGGAUGUUGAAUCAGGGGAACAGGCAGAUCCGUGCAAGUUUCAAGCAUGUAAUGAGUUUGCUGAAUGUACAGUGAACCAAUGGUCAGGUGAAGCUGAAUGUGUGUGUAAUGCUGGUUACUUCAGCGUGGACGGACUACCCUGCCAAAGCAUCUGUGACCUUCAAAAUGACUUCUGCUUGAAUGAUGGGAAAUGUGAUGUCAUUCCAGGGCAAGGAGCCAUCUGCAGAUGUCGUGUUGGGGAAAACUGGUGGUACAGAGGAGAACAUUGUGAAGAAUAUGUUUCCGAACCACUCGUAGUUGGCAUCGCCAUAGCAUCUGUUGCUGGGUUCCUUCUGGUGGCAUCAGGCGUAAUCUUCUUCCUAGCAAGAACUCUGAGAGACCAAUAUGACAAGGAUGAAAUGGAGGACCCAGUACGGAGGGAGGACACUCCACCAUUUCUAGACAUGGCCACUAAGUAUAACCCCAUGUUCGAGAGUGAUUUAACUACAGGCUACAGCCAUUACUACCAGAGGUAUCCCGAGCCCCCAGUCCACAGUAGCGCCAGUGCCGAGGCAUCCACAGAGUUCAGCAGCGAAGAGAUACGCCAUAUAUAUGAAAAUAGUGAGCUCACUAAGGAGGAUAUUCAAGAUCGCAUCCGGAUCCUUGAACUCUACACAAGAGAUCGUCAGUUUGCAGAUUUUUUGAAGCAGCAUCAAAUAGCAAUGGAUAAUCAAAGAGAAAGUUCCUCCAGCAGUCAAUAGCUGUCCAAAGUCCAAUAGCCUGCUUAGUGCAAAACAAUGAAGAAACUUGCGUUGUCUUUCAAGAAAAGGCCAUCUUAGUGAUUCCACAGCAAUUUCUCUUCAGCCUCUCUAAGAUUUUGCCAUCGCAAAUUAAAAUGGCUACCUUUGGACACUUCUUAAAAUAAGAUUCAUUUUGUUUUCGAUUUAUUACCUAUUUAUUUUGGUAAAGACAAUUUUCUGUCAUAGAACGGGAUCUUGGUCUCAGACAAUAUCCUUGUCAUUGAUUGAAAUGAUUUGUUAGUGCCUUUUAUUUUUAUCUGCGGGCCGUCUCUCAGAUAGUCAAUCUUUGGUGUUCAAAGAAGAAGAUCCCUGAUGCUUGAAUCCUGAAAGUUACUUGAAUCACAAAUCAUUAAUCUUCUAUUUCCCUCUUAUAGUACAUUUAGCUUUUAUAUUGCCACUGUUUGUUAGAUAUUUUAAGUUGUUCUGUAGCAAGACAAAUAACAUUUUCUAAUUGUAAUUAUUUUAAAGACAAGUAAACUCACUUGGUGGCCAUCUUGGAAGCAUCCGGGCAGCUAUUUUCUACGUAGGUAAUAGUUAUACAUACAAGUACAGCUCCUACAUAUCUGAAGAUUGACCAAAAUCAGAAAGACAUUUUAAACGAGUAGAAACAAUGGUAUCACAGAUCUGCUUCACAAGCUUGAAUCACAGGAUAAAAACAGUUCCUCUAACUAAAAGGUGAUUGGCUCUUUUAAAUGAAAGUAGUGGCUUCCUUUCCUACAGCUACCACAUUGAGUGCUGCGAUUUCUCAGUGAGUGUACAUCACAUCCCUCCAACAAAGAUUGUUACAAUAAUGGACAUUUGUAUGUAUUUUUUACAUUUACUGUAUUAAAAAUUGUAUCAGUUAAACGGUAUAGUUCACCUACAAGUGAAGACUCUUCUGUCAUCAUUUACUAACAUCAUUAAUUAAUUUAGGAAAUGAUUUGGCAGAAUUGUCAAAUUUGUAUGAACGAUGCCUUUGAGGUUUUGUGGGAAAUGAAACUUUGUUAUACUGGAGACUUUUAUUUACACGUUUUAUUACAGGUGCUAAGGAAUUGUUGACAGUUAUGUAUGGUUUGUAUUGCAUGUUUGCCUGUGUGCGUUAUUGCAGUGUGCGGUUUGGGCUGCUGGUCUACAGAGCUAAUUAAAGAGAAUAGUGCUCACUACAAUUAGUCAAAGUAGAGAUUACAGCCCAGAUUACAGAGCAUUACCUACAGCCUGUGCUGAAAGUGUGAUAUAUGACUGUGUUUCUAGUUUAUAGCAUGGAAAAUUUUAAAUGGCUCUAACAGUGAAGUCCAGAAGUCUGAGACAGACUCCAUAUGUGCAGUAUAAUGUCAUGUGGGUUUGGAAUGACGGGAGGGUGAUUAAACUACGAUAUUGUUUCAA